AUGCAGCUAGUUCAUCUAGCUUCAUUAAUUAAUGGGCAGUCACAAAACGUUGACACAGGUACCAUAUUAGGUUGUGCUCCUAAGGCAGAUUCCUUAACAAAGGGUUUCUCUGUAUCAUAUUAUCAUUAUCCAAUGACUGAAAAUGCAACUGCACCAGGAUGCUUCAACCUGAACAAUAUAUUUGAAACUGAUGGAUACCAACACGGUGGUUAUGAGACCAUUGAUGGUGGGUUAAUUGGUACCAGUAGUGGAGUUACUAACUUGACAUUUUCUUCUGACACCACAUGUAGCAGUGGAUGUUGCAAAGUUGGAACAGGUAAACUACCUCCGAACUACAAUUAUGAGCAACAACUAACUUUAAGUAACUUCUCGAUGUUGAUUACAGGUUAUUUUCUAGCUUCCAAAUCAGGUAGCUACGAAUUCAUUGUUGAUGAUGUUGAUGACGUUACCUAUCUUACUGUUGGUGCAGGUAAAGCGUUUGGAUGUUGUGAGAUCGGUAGCACUGUUUCAAAUCCAAGCGGUUUUGACCUAACGUUAACUUAUCCUGACAAAGAAAAUACAGCUACCGCCAAUUUGAUAGGUGGAUAUUACUACCCGAUUAGAGUUCUCUUUAUUAAUAGGCUAGAUGUGGGUCGCUUGAUAGUUUCUUUUAAGGAUCCAGACGGUGUAACUCACAACACUUUUGAUGAUUAUAUCUUUAUGGCGCCUGACGGGGCCGAAUGUCCCGUUCCUGUGGUAACGACAACAGAGGCAUGGACUUUUUCAUCAACCAGUACUGAAACAACCAUUACUACUGUUACAGGGAGUGAUGGGAUGCCAACUACUGAGAAUUUGAUCGUUAUUAAAACACCUGAAGUCCAUACAGCGACUACUGAGUUCACCCCAUGGACCGGUAGUUUUACUACCACCCAAUCGACUGAAAUUUUAACAACCACAGGCUCUGAUGGCAACCCAACUGUAGAAACUAUAUUUUACGUGAAAACUCCUGAAGCUGAAACUUCUACUACCGAAUACACUCCCUGGACUGGAACCUUCACAAGUACUUCUACCGAUCUUGUUACAUUCACGGGACCUGAUGGUAACCCCACAGUAGAAACCAUUUUCCAUGUUAAAACUCCAGAAGUUCAAACCGCUACAACCGAAUACACACCAUGGACUGGAACCAUCACCACCACAUCCACUGAAAUUGUUACCACCAUGGCAUCUAACGGCAUUCCAACGGUAAAGACCAUUUUCCAUGUUUCAACCCCAGAAAUCGACAGCGUUACAACAGAAUACACUCCAUGGAAUGGGACCUAUACUACCACCCAGUCGACUGAGGUUUUUACAACCACUGGGUCUAAUGGUAUUCCGACCAUUAAGACUAUUUUCCACGUUGAAACGCCAGAAGUUUAUUCCGCCACCACAGAAUUCACACCAUGGACUGGAACCUAUACAACAACCCAGUCUACUGAAUUUGUUAUGAUAACUGGUUCCAACGGUAUUCCAACUGUGAAAACCAUUUUCCACGUUGGAACUCCAGAAGCUCAAACUGCUACAACCGAAUAUACUCCAUGGACUGAAACCUUCACGACCACCUCCACUGAAAUUGUCACUACCACUGGAUCUGAUGGUAAGCCAACCAUCGAGACUAUAUUCCAUGUUAAAACCCCAGAAAACGGUUUAGUUACCACAGAUUACACUCCUUGGACUGGUUCAUACACGGCCACAUCCACUGAAAUUAUCACUACCACCGGAUCUGAUGGUAAGCCAACAGUUGAAACAUUCUUCCACGUCAAAACACCAGAACUUGGUUUAGCUACCACAGAUUAUACUCCAUGGACCGGUACAUACACGACCACAUCCACUGAAAUUGUCACUACCACCGGAUCUGAUGGUAAAUCAACUAUCGAGACUAUUGUGCAUAUCAAGAACCCAGAGAAUGGUUUAGCUACCACAGAUUAUACUCCUUGGACUGGUUCAUACACGACCACCUCCACUGAAAUUAUCACUACCACCGGAUCUGAUGGUAAAUCAACUAUCGAGACUAUUGUGCAUAUCAAGAACCCAGAGAAUGGUUUAGCUACCACAGAUUAUACUCCUUGGACUGGUUCAUAUACAACCACAUCCACUGAAAUUGUCACUACCACCGGAUCUGAUGGUAAAUCAACUAUCGAGACUGUUUUCCAUGUCAAGACCCCAGAGAAUGGUUUAGUUACUACGGAGUACACUCCUUGGACUGGUUCAUACACCACCACAUCUACUGGUGUCAUUACAUUCACUGGAUCUGAUGGUAAGCCAACCGUUGAAACUAUAUUCCAUGUUAAAACCCCAGAAAACGGUUUAGCUACCACAGAUUAUACUCCAUGGACUGGAACCUUCACGACCACCUCCACUGAGAUUAUCACUACCACUGGAUCUGAUGGUAAGCCAACCAUCGAGACUAUAUUCCAUGUUAAAACGCCACAGAAUGGUUUAGUUACUACGGAGUACACUCCUUGGACUGGUUCAUACACCACCACAUCCACUGAUAUCAGUACAUUCACUGGAUCUGAUGGUAAGUCAACUGUUGAAACUAUUUUCCACGUCAACACUCCAUUGAACGAACCUCAAAAUCCUAUGACCGCAACUAAUGAGUUCAAAACAACACCAUCUACAUCCCCUGCAAACAGUCCAUCUAUUGCAAUUGUUUCGUCAUCGGUAUCCGAAUCUUUCUCAAUCAGAACUCUAGAAUCAGCUUUUGAAGGCAAAGCUAACAAACUACCCGUUGCAAACUUGAUAGCAAUCCUAUUAACGUUCUUGUGA